AUGGGCGUUCCCGGACUAUGGGAUCUGCUACGUCCAGCAGGCGAAACAUACUCCCUCACACACCUUGCCGUCACAGAGGGCUUCGAGGCGAACAAGUCUGGGAGGAGGGCUCUCAGAGUCGGCGUCGAUGCCUCUAUAUGGUUCUAUCACUCAAAAUGGGGUAAAGAAGGGGAGAACCCCGAGUUGAGGACGUUGUUCUUUCGGUGCUGUCGACAGCUGCUGGACAAGCCGUUUUUGCCCGUGUUCGUAUUCGAUGGUCCACUAAGACCAGAGGAGAAGCGAGGGAAGAGAAUAUCGAGAGAAAACAAGCAUUGGAUGGUGGACUCGAUGAAGGGCAUGAUUAAAGCUUUUGGGUUUGAAUGGCGGAUGGCUCCUGGUGAAGCUGAAGCCGAACUCGCGUAUCUCAACGAAACUGGCGUCAUAGAUGCUGUCUGGUCCGACGACGUUGAUAACUUCCUCUUUGGUGCCACAAUGGUCAUUCGCAAUUCGAGCAAGAAACUGUCGGGAAACAAAUCUCAUUCCACCAAGAACUCAGACGGCCUCGAAGACGGAAACCACACCGCUGUAUACCGUUCGGACGCGAUAUCGCGACAUCCGUCUAUCAAUCUUUCUCGUGGCGGAAUGAUCCUCAUUGCUCUCCUCAGUGGAGGCGACUAUCACCAAGCUGGCGUGACUGGUUGUGGGCCCGGGUUCUCUCAUGGUCUCGCUCGGUGCGGUUUGGGCGACCAAUUACUUCAAGCUGCUAGAUCCAUGGACGACAAUGCCCUCCAGGAUUUUUUGGUCGGGUGGCGUCAGUCGUUGCGAGAGGAGCUCAAGACUAAUGCGUCCGGCUACUUACCGUCAAAGAGGCCCUCAUUAGUCAAAGCUGUUGGCAACACCUUUCCUGAUAUUUCUAUUCUUCGCUCAUACACAAACCCUAUCACCUCGAAGACCCAUUCUCGAACUCAGCAUCAACCACCACAAUGGGCCGACGAACCAGACCUAGGCCAAAUCGGUCACGUUUGCGAACUUCACUUCGAGUGGGGUCUCAAGGACAUCAUCCUCGAACGAUUUAGUCGCGUUCUAUGGCCAGGCGCCGUGUUUCGUAUCAUGAGACGUGCCGUGCUCGACGACGACGAGGGGAAGAGGAGCUCGGCGACUAGGCAUAUGUUCUCGGGGCUGGUAAAGGACGUGAUUGUGAAGAUCCAUUCCACGAGGUGUCACGCAUCUACCGACAGUUUGCUGGAGUAUAGGCUGGAAAUUGCACCGGCACAACUGGUCAAGCUCGUCUCAUCGGGCCUGCAGGGAACCCGGACACCGGUCGAUACGACCUACGACGUCAACCUAUCCGAUUUCGACGACGAUGAUGAAGACGACGAAGAAACUCCUGCGAAGAGGAAAAAGAAGAAGGAACCGAGCGAUCCGGAUGCGGGCUUGAGGGUGUGGAUGCCUGCUACUAUCGUUACGCUAGCGAGGCCCGAUCUGGUGGAGGAGUACAACGCAAAGGAAGAGGCGAAGAAGGCGAAGAAGAACAAGCCCCCGGGACGAGCUGCUGGUGUCAAAGCGAAGGCCCCGAAGAAGACGGCGACGACGACGACUCGACGGAAGAAGCAACCUGCGUCCGCUGCACCGUUUCCUCUGGAGGAUACGGCCGAGGAAGAGCAGGAGGAAGGAACUCCUCCGCCCGUGGCCUCUUCGAGCAAGGUAACGCUCGCGCCGUUCCCGUUAGAGGAGCUAGACGAAAUGUCGCGGAUCACUUCGACAUCGCGGUCCACAAGCAAGACCACUCUUUCGACUACUUCGACGACCGACAUCACGACGAAAUCGAUGACAGCGGUCAAGGUCAGCGAGCGGCAGUCCACUACUGUCAAAUCGUUCUACGGUGUAGCCAAAAAGACUCGAGCUCCAGCAAAGGGCAAGGGUAAGGCUGAUGCUCGAUCUGCCGUAGCUUUACCUACGGUCCACGAAGAUACCGUCCCAACCCCAUCUACGCGGCUCCUACCACGUCCAACGCAAGCACCCUUGCACAAAGUCCCUUCAGUCAUCGAAGUAUCCUCCGACUCGGACUCUGAACCCUCACCCCUCGAAGGUCCUUCAUCCUCCCAACCUCUCCCAACCCGCGAUGUGUCACGAAUUCCGUAUGCGGCUCCGACGGAGCACCACGAUAUCCCUAAACACCACUCAGAACGUACUUUUGGACGCACGAUCAGUGCGCCAACACUACGGCCUUUCCCUAUGAGCCUUUCGGAUGCUUCGGACAAGGGCGGUGGGGACAGCUCGGAUGAUUCCUUUGACUUUCCGGACAAAGUGGGAAGUGCGUCUCCCGGGAAGAGGAAGGCGACCUUGAGCCUGAUUUUGGAGGACGACAGCGCUCAUGAAGGAGAGGGGGGAAGCUCUGGAUCGGAUACGAGCAUCGAAAUUGUCAGCGAUGCGAGGAAGACUCAGAGACGGUCGAAGGAACAUACGUCGCCCAGGAAGAUAAAGCCUUACGAGCCUUUAUCUCCUGUAGACAACGCCAGCGACGUCAGACGACCGUUUAGACGCGUUGGAUCGACACCUCCCCGGAUGCAGGGAUCGCGUACGAACGUGAACAAACGGCCUAUGCCUGUGAUUACGAGUCCUGGGAACGACUCCGUCAUCUCCAUCUCCAGCAGUAGUAGCGAUUCGGAGACCGAGCAGACACCUCGUCGGCCUGUGGCCCUUCUAUCAACAAAGGUACCUCCAGCGAAGAGUUCAACAAUCUUAAGAUCGAGCGUCCCUCCGCUCCUGCGAGCCAGGCAGGCACUGUCGACUGCAAGCGGGUCUUCAGGCUCGGCUGGAUCGCAAACGUCCGUUCGGGGGAGCAAGGCCAGGACGUCGGAGGAAGUGAUUGAUUUGACCUGAUGUGAAGGAGAAUGUAUCCUCUAUAUUGUGGCUUUCCCGGUGGAUCUCUUAUAUUUAGGCUGGUGCUUGUCUC